CCGUGCUGGGGCCGUUGAAAGUGGGGCAUGCGCGGAGCUCUGUGCCACACUCAGCGUGGCGGAGAGGUUCUGCCCCCUGUCGCGCAGCCGCCAAGCAAAAGCGGCCGUCAAGCAAAACUUCCCGCCAAAGUAACCGCCAUUUCCCGAUAGCGCCGGUGGUGGACGGGGCCUUAUAAAGCAGUGAAGAGAAACUGAAAGAAGUAAGCAGUGCACAUCUUGCUAAUCAGAAAACUGUUUCAGAAUUAUUUGGACAAGCUGUGUAUAUAUGGAGUAAGGUCUUAAAAGGUUGAAAGUGUGUGGAGAGCAUGGGUUAUGAUAUUGAGCGUUUCGUUGGCUAUGUUAAUGAAGGGCUGCUGUGCUCCAUCUGCCGUGAUGUCUUAGAAGAUCCCUUACAGGCUCCUUGUGAACAUGCUUUCUGUACUGCUUGCAUACAUGGGUGGCUUGUUCAUCACAGUAACUGCCCUGAAGACAGACAGACAGUUGAUGUGUCUUUGCUACGUCCUCUCUACAGAUACAUGAAAAAUGAUUUAAACCGUCUUCAGCUACAUUGCAAAAACAGAGAGCAUGGCUGUGUAAUGGUUUGUUCUCUAGAGUCUAUAGAGAGGCAUGAAAGGGAGUGUGAAUACAGUCAGAUACCUUGCUCCAAUGCUGGCUGCACAGUUCAGGUUGAGCGCCGCAACCUGGACGGUCACCUGGCAGUGUGUGAAUAUCGGAGCCUUGAAUGCCCCAAUGGCUGUGGCACCCUCAUCCUCAGUGCAGAAGACACACAGCAUAAUUGUAUUGCAGAGCUGAGAACAGAGCUAGAGCUAGUUCGGUCGGUAAUGAUAUGCAGACUGGAGGAAGCAAAACAUGAGAUGGAGUCAAGGUUAGAGUCACAGAGAAGGUAUAUGGUCCAAAAGGAGGGCAUUCUGCAAAAUGAAAUUGAAGAACUGAAGAGUCAGAUGUCACGAGUGAUGUCGGAUGUGUGCUCUCUGAUGGCUGCAGAGAGGCAGCACCGCCAGGAGCUGGAGCAGGCAGAGCUGGAAAAACAGGAAUUAAUGGAGCUGCUGAGGGGGCUGCAGAAGGAUUGUAGAUUAACUGCUACAGGAGGAAGCAAGAAAUCAACAAAGUUAUGCCGUUUAGCACGACAGGAGAGUGAAAAACGAAAACUCAGGGAUGCUGCAGCUAUCUUAACAGAAGUAGACCUGUGCUGAAGGUUCUGCGUGACUGAAUCUACCUGUCUGGCAUAAUGGCCCAUUUGGGAAGGAAUACUAUCCACAUCACCUGAUAGAAGGACCAGAUUGUUGUGAAGAUACAAAAGAUUCAAGGAUAAUGAGACUAUUGUUGGUACUACUAAUUAUAUGCUAUCAUGGUCAUCCAAUAGCAAAUUUGGAAGACAGAUUUUUAUCCCUUGGAGAAACUGCAGCCAAUUCAUUGAAUGUCAGUAACUGUUGGGUCUCUGGGAGCCCAGAUUAGCCUUGGAGAGCCCAGCUGGUGUCACCUGGGUGGUGGAUCAGCACACAAAGUGACAUACAUGCAGGAACAGGAUUUUGGACUGAGGACUGCAACCCUUGGACAAGACACCACUGACUAAUGAACGAAGGCUCAUGUCUCUGUAUGUGGCUUCUGAGCCCAAACUAACCCUAGAAAUUAUUUCACAGCCAUGAUAUCCCCUAUAGGUCAAAGGAUUGAUCGAAGUGCUAAGGCCUGGACAAGAGGCCCAAGCCAGAGGUGACCUAUACGUGAAUCUCUGUCCUUUUUACUAAUAACCUUUGUACCAGUGGGUGUUGUGCUGGGUUAUAGCAAUAGUCAUGCUGAUGCCAGCAGCUAACCUUUGUACCUGUAUGGUGAUGCCAGCAGUUAACCACCCACAAUAUUGUUCAUGCUGACUUGACAGCUGGAGACAAUAUUUUAGGAAACCCUACCAGCCAUGCCCUGGACUCUGGACAAGUCUGGGUCCUGGUUGGUCAGGGGGGAUAAACCAGAUAGUUCCGCACAGCAAAAUACUAAGUCAUUCUGACUUGCUGAUUUUUUUGUGAGCAUACAAGGCUGGACCCUCUUGCAGUGACUUUGGAUGCCUCACCUACAGAUGGACACACUGCGUGGGAUUUUCCCACUUGCUGGGAAGGGUUCUCCAAAUCCUCACUGCAACC